CUUCUCUGAAUGUGAUGUGUGAGUUUAGAGGAAGAGGAAUCAAGAAGUUCUACUUGGUGCACAAUGUUUUUUUUAAGAUUUUAGAUGCCGCUAAUCUUCCGCUUUUUCUGAUUUCGGCUGUAUGUUGAUGCAGGUUACAUUUUGCACUUUUGCUAUAGGAAUGAGCUAAGGUGUUUCUUCUACUGUCUUCUGAACAUACUGCUGAUUCUUCUAUGGACACAGAUUGAGGUGCCGUGUCCAGUGCAGAUAGAGUAAAGUGGAGAAAGGAAGAUGCCAGCCCCGCCUCCCCCACCACCCCCAGGGCCUCCCCCUCCUCCUACCUUCGCAGUUGCCAACACAGUGAAGCCAAAUCUAAACCGUAAUGAGCAGCAGGGAAGGAGCGCUCUGUUGUCCGACAUAGCAAAAGGCUCUAAAUUAAAGAAAACUGUUACUAAUGACCGCAGUGGAGCCUUACUGGAGAAACCCAAAGGAGGAGUAGGAGGAGGUGGUGGUGGUGGUGGAGGAGGAGGAGGAGGAGGAGGAGGAGGAGGUGGCGGAGGAGGUUUUGGUGGUGGGGCUCCUUCUGGUUUAGGAGGCCUGUUUGCAGGAGGGAUGCCAAAACUCAGGUCUUCAGCAAACAAAGAGCCCAAUGACUCAGGACCCAGCCGAGGUCCCGCGCUCCCCCCAGGAGGCCGCUCUUGUGGGCCGAGCCCCUUCGGUGGCGGUGGAGGCCCACCUAAACUCCCAGGAACCCCUGCUGGUGUCCGUAGCAACGUCCCCGAUCUUCCCAAGGGCAGGCCAAAUCUCUCAUCCAGACAAGACACUCCAGGAGGUCUCCCUCCUCCUGUACCCAACACACCUCGACCAAACCAGAGCGUCCAGUCUCGUGGGGGCCCACCUCCGCCUUCACUCCCUGGAGGACCGAGGCCCAGCCCGGCUUCUGGACCUCCACCUCCUAGUGUUCCACCAGGGAGGCACGGACCUCUCCCUCCCCCACCAGGAGGCUCUUCAGCUGGGCCAAGACCAGGAUUCUCUGGACCUCCUCCUCCACCCCCAAACAGCAGCCGUCCUUCCUUUCCGCCUGCUCCUGGAGGGAGGCCUCCGCUUCCUGACGACCGGCCCCCACCACCACCAGCUCCUGUGGGAGGUCAUCGGCCGUCUAUGCCCCGCGAUGUGCCCCCUCCUCCUCCUCCUUCUGUCAACUCCAAACCUUCUUCCUCUGUCUCCUCCUCCUCUGCCUCUCGUUCCUCAGUUGGUGGGUGUGCGCCCCCUCUCCCGCCGGGACGACCGGGCCCUCCUCCUCUCCCACCCACCCCGGCCGGAGGGGACGACCACAGCAACCCUCGUCUGCCCCAAAGGAACAGCUCACUCAACAGCCAUGCUCCGGCUCCGCCACAUGGUCGAACAGGACCUCUCCCUCCUCCACCAAAUGAGAGGCCGCCUUCUCUUGGAAGGAAUCCACCCUCGCCACGCACAGGGCCUCUUCCCCCCCCUCCUCCCUCAGGUCGUAGCAUGGGUGUAGGCAGUGUGAGGUCAUCGCCAGCACCUUCUCCUAUUGGUCGGCCAGGUCCAGAGCCCCCUCGUAGUGGACCUGGCGGUAGACCUCCCCUCCCUCCGGACAGGCCGGGGACAGGAGGGGCCCCUCCUCCACCACCACCCAUGGGUAACGGCUUACAAAACUCUCACCACAACCAAAUACAGGAUGAGUGGGAGUGUCGAUUCUCUUUCCAUCCAGUGUCGGACUUUCCUCCACCUGAGCCCUACGUGCCCUUCCAGAAGACCUACCCCAGCAAGAUUGCCAAGACUGAUGGCAGAGGUUCUGGUAAAAAGGAGAGAGGAGCUCCUCCUCUUCCUCCUGUACCAAGGUGAAGAAGAGGUGGCAACAAACAACUUCUUUCUUUCUUUCUUUCUUUCUUUCUUGCGCUCAUUGUGCUUUUACCUGCGACAAGUGGUUCAUCUGCGGACUGCAACAUGUAAAAUAGACCUGAAGUAUGGUUGACCAAGUAAAAGGACAGACUCACAAUGUGGAUUUACAUCAUGUGCCUCUAUAGCAGCAGAAUGGAUUCCGCAUUCAAAGACCAAAGCCUGUUUAUAUUCCGGUACACUGUGUUCAGAUAAAAAGAAAAAAAACUUGCACCUCUUUAGGCACUAGAAAAAAUGUUUUCUUUUCAGGUUUACAACCAUGCUGUGGCUGGAAAAUGCUUUCUGGGUGGGCUUUGUUGACCUGGUUGCUGUGAGAUCACUUAUGAACAACAGUAUUUUCAUGAAGCUUGAUCCACAUUGACUCAACCAACCUUUUCAUCCUUUGCUUACAGUGGUUGAUAGAUUCAUAAAUUGCUUGUAAGAUAUUAUAUUUUACCAACCAGCUACAAACUCUUACUUGAUAUAUAAACUAGCAUUUGGCAGGUAGCGCGGGACUUUCCCAGCCUGUUUACACAGCACAGGCAGCAUUAGGCAAAGCUACAUCAACAUCUUAUUGCAAUAUUAUUUUCAACAUUGGUGUCCCAGGGUUACAGUGCAGGGUUUAUAAUGCAACCAGUAGGCUUCCUCAAGUGUGAUGACAACCUGUUUCUCUCCUUUUGUACCAGUGUUUCCCUUGUGCCUUUUUCUAUUCAGGAUUGUAAUUUCAGGCUGCUUAAAAGAGUUAAGGGAAUUACCCUUUUGUGCCUUAAAUUAUGUAUGUAUGUUUGUUCAACUGGAUUGGAUCUCCUCUGCUGUAAAUGUAAAAACAGAAGCAAUACAGCAGCUCUAUUGCCACAACAUCUAGAAUACUUAGUAUUGCAAAGUGUCUUAAUUACAACAUAAAUACAUAGACAGAAAUGGAAUUAAACUAAAAAUGGCCACAGCCUCCUGCCACUGCUGCAUAAAACAUCAGGGGAGGUGCAAGUGUUUAAUUUGCCAAAGCCGCAUGUGCCUUCACAGUGUGUGUGUGUGUGUGUGUGCAUAUAUAUAUAUAUAUAUUAUAUAUAUUAUAUUAUAUAUAUUUAUAUUAUAUAUAUAAUAUAAUAUACUAUUAUAUAAUAUAUAUAUAUUAUAUAAUAUAUAUAUAUAUUUUAUAUUUAUAUAUUAUAUAUAUAUAUAUAUAUAUAUAUAUAUAUAUAUAUAUAUAUAUAUAUAUAUGUGUGUUUCUGUUGGAACCGCUGAACGGUACUUUUCAUUUGAUUGUCAAAUGUGACGUGAACAUGCAUUUAUUGUUUAUGGUUGAGAUGUCAGGACAUUGUAUGGUGUUAUGGCAGCAUUGGUUUACAAUAGAACUGAUUCUUAUUUUGCUGUUUUGUUAAAAGCCUUGACUUACUAUGAAGGACCUGUGUACGUAUCUGUAUGAUUUAAUGAAGUGGUAUUGAAGGACUGUAUUAUUUUAAGUUAUGUUUCAGAACUGUGCAGUAUUAUGUGUUUUGCUUCAUCCAGCACUGCUUUGAAUGGUCUUUUGUAUAAGUGAUAUAUUAUUAUCAUGUGUUGGUAAAGACAAUCAUAUGGGAGUAAAUCUAUUUACAUCAAUAAAUGAAAUGCUUUAAGAUUC